CAAAUAAUCACUUUCUCUUAUCUUCCCAACUAAAAACUUUAAAACCAUCAAAGAAGAACCCUAAAAGAAAAAUUCUAUUUAUACCGAAGAUGGGAGUUUUGAAGAGAAGAGUUUCGAGUAGCAGAGGUCUUGGAGGUGUUCUUAGAGAGCAAAGAGCUAAGCUUUACAUCAUCAAACGAUGUGUUGUGAUGCUCCUAUGUUGGCAAGAUUGAUCUUGGUUGAUUCAAGUAGUGAUACUUUGAAGCUUAACCGGAUCAAACUGAUGAUUGCAAGAAGAUAUGAAAGAGGAAGAAACCGGUUUGGGGUUUGCUUGCCGAUAGUCAAUCUUAGGGGGAUGAAAUUUUAACACUUUCGAUAUACUGAAUAUGGGUGGGUUUUUAGUUUUUGGAGGGUAUAUUUGUAAAUAUACGAAUAAAAAUUUGGGAUAAAUUUUGUAAUGGCUUUUGCCUUAGUUCCAUAGUUCCCUGUGUAAAUUCGACUAUAUAUCUCACACAUAAUCUAACCAAGAUUAGUUCUUGUUUA